ACGUCAUUGCAGGGUUGUUUGUGCAGCCUCGGCGGCGGUGGUGACCCACAGUGAUUCGGCCACCGCGCCGGGGGGUGGGGGGGCUCCGCGGGACUCUUUUCUUUCAGACUGACCGCGGGGCAGCUGGGGAGCAUGUCGACUCCGGCCCGGAGGAGGCUCAUGCGGGAUUUCAAGCGAUUGCAAGAGGACCCACCUGUGGGUGUCAGUGGCGCACCAUCUGAAAACAACAUCAUGCAGUGGAAUGCAGUUAUAUUUGGACCAGAAGGGACACCCUUUGAAGAUGGUACUUUUAAACUAGUAAUAGAAUUUUCUGAAGAGUAUCCAAAUAAACCACCAACUGUUAGGUUUUUAUCUAAAAUGUUUCAUCCAAAUGUGUAUGCUGAUGGCAGCAUAUGUUUAGAUAUCCUUCAGAAUCGAUGGAGUCCAACAUACGAUGUAUCUUCUAUCUUAACAUCAAUUCAGUCUCUGCUGGAUGAACCGAAUCCAAACAGUCCAGCCAAUAGCCAGGCAGCACAGCUUUAUCAGGAAAACAAACGAGAAUAUGAGAAAAGAGUUUCGGCCAUUGUUGAACAAAGCUGGAAUGAUUCAUAAUAGACAACUGGUCUGUUAAUUUUUUUCAUCAUUGUUGUGUAUAAUUUACCUCUCAGUAGAAAGGCUAACAAAUUUUAAGUGCCACAGGUUUUAAGGAUUCUGCAGAAAAAAAAAAAGUCCUUCAGUUUAGAACCUACAAAAGCUUGUGUAUCUUGAUUAAUGUACUUUUUAUUGCAUGGUGUGAACUAAGUUAUUGCUUACAUAAAUUUGUAAUAUAUCCUGUUUGUAUUUUUUUCCAAGUGUAUAAUGUUGGUGUGGAGUUUUCAUGACAGAAUAAUACACAUUUUGUAAAUCUG